GCGACAGCGGCAGCAGAAGCAAAAGAAAGAGGAAGAAGGAGUUUGUCGUUUGUGUUAAAAGUUGCCUUUAGUAGGGUAUUUAAAUCACAUUAACAAGGCGUUUAAAUUCAAAGCUAAGACUGCCAUUUGGGAAAAUAUGCACUACUAUCGCUAUGAGAGCGCUGAAGUCAGCUGCUGCUACAAGUACCUGAUGUUCAGCUACAAUGUCAUCUUCUGGCUGGCCGGUGCAGCCUCUAUUGCAGUUGGAAUCUGGGCGUGGAGUGAGAAGGGAAUGCUGCUGGACUUGACUCAGGUGACUAUGCUGCGUCAUUUUGACCCGGUGUGGUUGGUUGUGGCAGUUGGAGCCAUUACCUUUAUCCUGGGCUUUGCCGGCUGUGUAGGAGCCCUGAGAGAGAACAUCUGUCUACUAAAGUUUUUUUCUGGGGUCAUAGGUUUUAUCUUCUUCCUGGAGCUGACAGCAGCCAUCCUGGCUGUGACCUUCCAGGGCCAAGUCCGAGGAUGGAUCAACGAGUUCUUUCUGGCCAACAUCAAAGCCUACAGAGAUGACAUCGACCUGCAGAACCUCAUUGACUCCCUGCAGAAGCUGAACCAUUGCUGUGGUGUCCAGGAGCCUGAAGACUGGGACCUAAAUGUCUAUUUCAGCUGUAAUGGAACCCACCAGAGCAGAGAGAAGUGUGGAGUCCCUUUUUCCUGUUGCAUCGGAGAUCCAGCUGAUACUGUGGUGAACACCCAGUGUGGUUAUGACGUCAGAAACAAAACGAAGAGUAAAUGGGAGCAGGAUAUUUAUACCAAAGGCUGUAUCCCUGCCUUGGAGGACUGGCUGCCUGGUAACAUAUACACAGUGGCGAUCGUCUUCAUAGUCAUCUCUCUACUACAGAUGGUGGGAAUCUACCUGGCCAGGACAUUAAUUGGAGACAUUGAGAAGGUCAAAUUCAGCUAUUACUAAAACAUAUAGUUUUCCACCAGCGGAAGUUGCUUCAUUCAUCUGUUGCUGAUCAUCCUGCCGUUUUUCUACUCCUCCACCUCUAACCACUCGGACAAAUACACAUCCUUCUCUUCUCCUCUGGGACAACUGUGUCGCGGUACUUCCUUCACCACCAACCAAAUGUGCCUUUCUCCCUCCCACUAUAUUGUCUCGGAUGUCUGCUAAGCAUGAGUGGAAAUGACAACAUUUUCAUUGUUAUAGUUUGCCUCUGCAUAAAUAUCUUUGGUUUUGUUAAGUACGGUGCCUCAAAAUAAUCUUAAACUUAUUUCCUUUGAGAGGAACAAAGAACAUGGGAAGCAGAAAGACCGAAGUGGUCCCCUUUUCAGGCAUAUUGUCAGCUCAAAGAGGUAGCCCAGCACACAUCUCAACAUAUUGUCAUGUUAAAACCACAGGAAGAAACAACAACAACAAUGUGUCCUGGUUGUCAGGCCACUGUUCUGCUCUACUAUCUUCUGUUCCUGGUUGUCAGGAACAGAAGCCAUGUCAAGAUACAGGAGAUUAAACUUAGUUAGUGAUGUUCUCAUAUAAACUCCCAAAAAUCCCGAAAUGCCUGUAAAUGUAAAAGGUUUUGAUGCUAUUUGACUGUGGCCUGUGUCAUCAAGUGUGCUUAUUUUGACUAUCUGGGCAUAAGGCGACUGAAACCUCAGUUCCUGCCACUAUUUAGUGCCUCCAUCAUUCCAGCUUUUAUUUCCUUUAAACUUCUAUAACUUGUGUCAUAGAGAGCUGACUUCCAGACCGUGUGACAAGCUUUGGUAGACUAAAUGACUGCCUCCAGAGUGAACUGGAGGCAGUCCUCAUUGGAUCCACACAGGGGAAUCACGGGAUGUGGUUGUUGUGCUUCAAGCCACUUCACCCUCUCUACUCUUGGAAGAGGAUGUGACAUGUUUUACUCCUAGACUCCGGAUCGUCCUUUCUUUUGGAGCCAGUUAAGCCCAUUUGAUGUAUUUGUAGCUAUUUCUCCAUACUUCCAAAGAAAUAUGGAAAUAGUACUUGAAUUAAAAAAAAGUCAUACAUUGGCCCAGUUUCAAGAUCUCUCUUUACCAGUUUCCCUGCCACUGAUAAUAUGAAAUAUUUUAAAAAUCCACAGGUGCUCUGAAAUAUGUCCAGGAAUAUGCACCAAAGUUGACAAGACUGUUUGGUAGAUAAUGGCUUCUAAAAUCCAACUCGUACUCUUUAGUCCUGAGGAACACGGCAAACCCAUCACCGCUGUCUCCUGAGGAACAUCUUCUGUAGUGUGUUUUUGGCCCAACCUGACAUUUGAAAAGUAAAGGUGAAUUUUCUUUUACAAAGUGGUUUUGCUACUGUUAUAAACUGUGUUUUUAAAUGUGUUCCAUAGACCAUUAAGCUUUAACAAAAGGGAUUUCUUGUCAAUAGGAUUGCUCUUCUUUGUAAAGGUGAAUUUUAUGAUAGCCUAGCAUUUUAUGUGCAGUAUUUUUUUUUAAUGGCACUGGACUUCUUGGAGAAAAGUGAAAAAAUAUUUAACAGCUCUCAUAGGGAGCAGUCAUACAAACCAGGGCUGCUAAUGCCAAGCUCAGGCUACAUAACCAGCCAUAUUCUGAUAGGAUUAUGCUGUGCAGACUAAUAUGGAGCAUUGGGCAAAUUAUUAAUAUCAGAAACAACUGGUGUUGUAGUGUAACAUGGUCAAAGACGAUAGAUGAGGCAUCUGGUACCAUGUCAGAAGUGUUUGCCUCUUGCCUUCCACUGUGACAGCUUCACCUCAUUGAUUGCAUAUUGAUAUUGUUAAUCAGCAAAAGAAAGAUCCCCCCUUAAACAUCUGACAAACAUGGUUGAUUAGGCCAAGAAUUAAGAUGACUUACCUGGUAUGAUGAACAGUGUAGUCUGAGCUCAACUUAUCAGCACCGCUGUUCACUGUGCAUACAUACAAGAUAUGGAAAGAGAUGAAGACAUUCAGAGAACUAACAGGGCUGUGGUUGUAAUGCAGGAACCCUCAGUACUGCUGAUUUUCUAUUAUGCCAGGCAGUUAAUGUUCUCCCGUUGUCCCAGUUAUUCACGCUUCGAUUAGGGACGUUCUUAAACUGGAGAAAAAGGUGAAUAUAAUCAACUUUCUGGAAGAAUGUAAAACCAGUAGUAAUGUUGGUACCUGAGGACUUGAUUGAGAACCACUGAUACAGCCCUUACACUGACAGUAAUCUCUAUGUGCGCAUACGUAAUAUUCACCGUCACCACCAGAUGGCGUAGUGAUAGACAAUCCAGGGGCUAAUUUACACAUCUGUAACACUGAAUUGCAGUAUUCGGGUCUAUCAGUGGCCUUUUUAGGGUUAGGGUUAAAGUGAGUAACAUUGAUUUUUGUCAUUACAGUGAUGCCUGUCAAGGGGUGGGGUAUUGGCAGCAAGUGAACAGUCAGUUCUUGAAAUUGAUGUUGAAUUGAAAUUGACUCGCCAAAGAGUUCAACUAUCUUGGGGUCUUGUUCGUGAAUAAGGGUAGGAUGGAGUGGGAGAGUGACAGGCGGCUUGGUGCAGCAUCAGCAGUAAUGCGGACAUUGUACCGGACCAUUGUGGUGAAGAGGGAGCUGAGCUGGAAGGCAAAGCUCUCAAUUUACCAGUCAGUCUUCGUUCCAACCUUCACCUAUGGUCAUGAGCUUUGGGUAGUGACCAAAAAGGUGAGAUUGCGGAUACAAGCGGCUGAGAUGAGUUUCCUCUGUAGGGUGUCUGGGCUCAGCCUUAGAGAUAGGGUGAGGAGCUCGGACAUCCGGAGGGAGCUCAGAGUAGAGCCGCUGCUCCUUCACAUCGAAGGGAGCCAGUUGAGGUGGUUCAGGCAUCUGAUUAGGAUGCCUCCUGGGCGCCUUCCUUUGGAGGUUUUCUGGGAAUGUCCAACUGAGGGGAGACCCCGCAGUAGACCUAGAACUGACUAGAGGGACUACAUGUCCAGUCUGGCCUGGGAACACCUUGGGAUCCCCCAGGAGGAGGUAGAGGGUGUUGCUGGGGAGGGGGACAUCUGCAGUGCUUUACUUAGCUUGCUGCCACCGCAACCCAACCUCGGAGAAGCGGCUGAAGAUGAGAUGAGAUAAUAAUGGAGAGAGAUGUAAAUAUGUUGUAUAGUUAUAGUUAUGUUAGAGAAGAAGAGUUUAUUAGUGGAUUUGUGGAGGGGAGCACUUUUAUCGUGAUUGGGGAAGGAGGGAGAGCGAUGUUGGAUUUUGGUAAAAUCAUGUGGUGUGUAUGGUAUAUGUGUAUUUUUUUUGGGGGGGGGUUCUUUGAUCUGGUGGCGGGUCUGUAGGCUGGAAGCCAUGCCAAAGCCUAUAGGUUACCUCAUUGUUUUCUGUCUUGUAUAUCUGUGUUUUAUUUUUUCAUUCUUAUUCUCUUAGAUUCUGUAGAGUUCGAUGGGUUUGUGAAAUAUUUUAAUUCCCUAUUGGUUUAAUAUAUAUAUGUUGUAUUUUGAAUGUUUUUUUCUAUAAAAUAAAAGAGAGAAAAAAGAGGGGCCACUUGCCUGUAGGUGGGUGUCGAUUGUGGAGUCCUAGCCUGACACGUUAGCCCCUCUGUAUUGUGCUAUCCUCUUGGCCAACGUCUGUUGGUCCACCAAGAUAGUAGUGUACCAAGUAUGAUGGAUGACUGGACGGUAGUGUGGCGUGGGAGAUGUCUCAGUACACCCCAUCCAUUGAACCUUCCCUUCAACAUUUCCCCCCAUAGGAGGACCUUCCAGCCCAAUUACAACAAGCCU